GCUAUAAAUUGGCCCAUGCGGCAUCCGUUCCUUCCCCUCCGGGUGGCGAACAUGAAAUUUCUAGGGUUUCGAUGGGAGCGACGCCUGCUUCACGACCUCUAUCGAUCCGGAUCUCUCUCCUUUGCAUCUUCUCGCAGUCCAAUUCCUGGCAGGCGGGUCUUUCCAUCUCCAUUCUUAAAACCAUCUCCUUCGGCUCCUUGUGCUUACUCCACCGAAUUGUAUCCACAACUUUCUCCGGACCUUCUCAAAAUCAUGGAACGAAGAAUGGUAACAAUCGAGCAAAGAAGUGCCUUCCUUCACAAUCAAAUCAACCGGACAGCCAGCAGUUUCAGCAACAGAGUUUCAAAGGCCAAUAAGGAGCUACGAAAACUAGGGAACUCUAUGGAGCUGAUCAAGGAGUUGAGAGCCAAAAAGGAGGAGAUUGAUGGUCUAAAAUCAUUGACGUCUGAUUCUCUUGAAGAUAAAGACAUGCGCGAGAUGGCGGCAGAUGAACUGGCUGAAGCUGUGGAGGAGGAGAAGAGAUUGCAGCAUCUGCUGCUUAAAAGUUUGCUUCCAAAAGAUGAUGCUGAUGAGAGGGACUGUAUUUUGGAGGUUAGAGCAGGAACUGGAGGUGAAGAAGCUUCUUUGUUUGCAAUGGACAUAUUUGGAAUGUAUGAGAGAUACUCACAGAAUAAGGGGUGGAAAUUUGAUGUCUUACAUGUAAUGGAGUCUGAUUUAAAAGGAUACAAGGAAGCCAGUGGAACAAUAUCAGGAACUGGUGCAUAUGGAAAACUUAAAUUUGAGAGCGGCAUUCAUAGAGUGCAGCGUGUUCCAAUGACAGAGAAGUCAGGACGUGUGCAUACCAGUGCCGUAUCUGUUGCUAUACUUCCUCAGGCUGAUGAGGUUGAUAUUCAGUUGCGUAAUGAAGACCUGAAAAUUGAUACAUACAGAUCUGGCGGGUGUGGAGGUCAGUCUGUAAACACCACAAACAGUGCUGUUAGGAUAACUCACAUUCCAUCAGGAACAACAGUGGCAAUACAAGAUGAAAGAUCACAACACUCGAACAAAGCCAAGGCGCUUAAAGUGCUACGUGCAAGGCUAUAUGAAAUGGAGAGAUCUAGACUUCAAACAAGCAGAUCAAAACUUCGAGCAGAGCAGAUUGGAAGUGGUGACAGGUCUGAGCGAAUCAGGACAUACAAUUUUCCCCAGGGGAGAGUGACAGAUCAUCGGGUUGGGAUCACUCACCAUUCCAUAGAGGAUAUCAUGGAAGGGGGGAGGCUAGAUAUUUUCAUCGAUGCUCUUCUUUUGCAACAGGAGAUGGAUGCCAUUGCAUCAUUUGGCACUUAACUACUGACACAUCAAUUUGCAGUUUGUUGUAUUGCCUCUAUCGAGGGAAGCUUAGUGUUAUAAAUUAAAAUUAAACAUCUAGGUCUUAACACUUACCAAUUUUGUGCUCAUGUUAUUGGUGCUAUCAAAAUUGCUUGUUGUACAAGAUCUGCAGGCUGGAGUUCAGGACUGUUUUGGUCAGUUCAAAGUAGCAAUCCAAUAGGGAAAAAGUAAUGUAAUAAAUUUAAUCCA